UUCCCGUUGUACGAUGAGCGCUUAACUAUUUUCAUUUUAUCAUUAAAACUUGCAAUAAAAACCGGAAAAUAAUCUUUAGAUAGGUUUUACUUCUAAUAAUGUGCAAAUUAUUACUCUGAGCAUAGUGAAAAACGUCAAUAUUUGUGAAAUAUUACCUAAUAAGUGCGGUGUCGUCGAGCUGUCAUAUUUAAUGAUACAGAAUAAACACGUCUGAAAGUGUUAUUGUAAAUAAUUCAGCUUCGUUCUCCGCGUACUGCUGUCCACGAUGUUGGGAGAGGACGGCGUGGAGAACAGACACGGUCCUCCAGGAGUGAACUCCCGGUCUCUCAGUGUGGCACACUCUGCUGCUGAUCUUGAGGUCCUCAGAGAAAUAGAGAAUGUCUACUUCUCAUCACCGUCGGAUUUCGACGCUGGUCGGCAUGUGUUGCUGAACGCACCAGUCCCGCCCACUCCGGAGGCCAUCGAGCAGGUGUUUGCCAAGCUUAAGAGGCAGCAACAGGUAGUGUCAGGCAAAGCCCUGCACCUGAUCUCCCAACAGCGCGACAACUGCGAUCGCGAGUUCGCCGAGAUCCAGAACAUUCGAGAACAGCUCUCCUUAACCCUAGACACCUGUAGGAAAGCCAGAGACGAUCUCCGAACCGCUUCCAACCAUCUAACUGUAUCCACUUUUGUCAUACUUGCUAAUUUCCGAAAGAGACAGAUAAUACGACAAGUUCUGAAGUCCCUUGAGCUACUCAGGAGUCUCCGAAGCGUCGAGAAAGACGUAGCUGAGUUGCUUAGUCGAAAGGAAUAUUUCGAAGCGAUAGACCUUAUACUCAAAAGUAGGAAGGCAGCGGCGAAUCACAGAGAAUAUACCUGCAUUUCUGACUUGGCAAAUCGUCUGCAAGACACUCUUGAUAUGACAGAAGAGAAAUUAGAUUCAGUGUUAGCAAGUAUAUGUUACAAUUUCGAUGAAAACACUUUCAGGAAGUUGCGGAAGGCAUACGCCUUGUUAGGUAAAACUCAGUCCGCUAUGGAACAAUUGCAUAUGCAUUAUUCAUCGGCUGUGAAUGAAGCGUCAGUUAAAGCUAUAGGGAAUUUCGUCGAAGUAUCCAUUGAAAUGAAGUUUAACGAAAUGUGUCAAGCCGUACCGACGACCAAAGCACCCAUUUGUCUCCUCAAUCUGUGUGAAAAUCUAUUUUUUAUCAUGAAAAGUUAUUAUUUGCUAGUGAAUUGGCAUACAAGGCACGACGAAGAGGAAAUAUUGCCAAGUUCUAAUAACGUUUUAGAUAUAGAAAUGAAUGUUAGUCGUGAGUAUAUUAGGCAGAAAUUGAAAACAGGACUGGUUAGACUCUGGCAUGACGUUCAGGGGAAAGUGUCUACUUUUUUGAAGAGCUCAGGCUUGGAGGAAUAUCCUUUCGAAAAGUUCAUACAAAUGUUAGGCAUUCUGAGGAAACUGACGCAGGUAGCUGAGGUGUUUUGCGGCGACAAAUCGGAUAUUCUACAAGACUUUAUCAAAACUCAAAGCGUUUCGUACAUAAAGAACUAUCACAGAGGUCGGAUGGAGGAACUGAAGUUGUUUUUGGAAAACGAGGGCUGGGAGCAAUGCCCUGUCAAAUCUACCUUCAAUUUGUUAAACUUGCAAGAAUUCAAACAGUUCAAGAAACAUCUUAAUCCGUCAAAAUCAGAGGCAUCCGUGAUCAAAAGCCAAUCGGACGGCGCAUCGUCAAUUUCCCAAGACGACAGCAUGUAUAUCAACAAAUAUUUCAACGUUAAAACUAAAAUUACGCCUUUUGAAAUGUUUAGGAAUGAAAACAUAACCAACGAUGAUAUUUUUGGUUUGGAAACAGAAUUGGAACCGAGUGACGAAUCUGACGACGACCCUGACGAGUUAAAGCGAGAAUUUGUCGAUGAAAACGCGGAUAAAUUGAACGAGAGCCCUUCAAAAAUCAAAGACAGUGUCAUAGUUACGAACACGACACUUUCCGUCCUAAGAAAUUGCGGCCAAUAUUUACAAAUAUGCAGGUAUCUACCGCAAAUCUCUUUGGAAGUUGUCAUGCUGAUGAAUCAGCUGUUCGACUAUUACUUUUACACCGUACACCUGUUUUUUACUGCGGAUUUAGAAGUGGCCUCAACAACAUUGUACAGUUCAAAACUGAACGCGGUUUUAAAAAGAAUUAGCAACAAUAUAGACACAACUUCAAACAUAGGCGACGUUGACUCCAAGACAUUCAUAUGUCCUGAGUUACCGAUGCAUUUAGACUUGAAAUCUGAAGACAACCUUCACGGGCUCUCAGAACGCAUAGUCGGUGUUGAAAGCGUAAUAUUCCUAGCGAAACAAUUUGAAUUCCUACAGCCGUACUUAGAAUCGAUAGUCGCGUCACACCAGAAAUUAAUUCUAGAGCAUUUCAGAGACAAUACUUUAGCUGUGGUUGUAGAUUUGAGAAUGCCAGUGUAUAUGUGUUCGGCGGCAAAAGCUGUCGACGCGAGAACAGCCUUAAUAGCAAUGUCACAAGUCAGAUGGGAUGUUAAGAGCGUAGCCGUCGAACACAGUCCAUACGUCGACAUGAUAACCCGAAAAAUCCAAGUGUUCGCUUUACGCCUCGAAAAUAUAUCCAGCAAAGUGUCUUUGAACUUGGAAGUGUUAAACUCAGUAUGGGCUAUGGUAUCGAAAUUCACCGUCCAUCUUUUAGUAGAGGGGUUUUCAAAUGCUACAAAGUGUUCGAAUGCUGGAAGAGGCCUAAUGCAGUUGGAUUACAGACAAUUAUUCGUCAAGUUAGAAAAGAUAUCCGGCUUAAAACCAGUGCCAUAUCAAGACUAUGUCGAUAGGUAUGUGAAGGCGUACUAUUUGCCAAGGAAAGGGUUAGAAGAGUUCAUAAUGGAGAGGACAGAGUAUUCGAAUAAGCAUUUGCAGGCGUUAGUCACUUGUGCCUGCGAGAAUAAAAGAGAUAGGCAAGCGUUGUCAGCUAUUCUUGAAACCAGAGACAUUACAGCAUAAUCAUAAUGGUUUUCUUUCUCUAUAAGGUAAGGCGUGGGAUAACCUUCCUGACAAAAACCCUCUAACACAAAAUUAUGUCAUAAAUGUAAUAGGCGUUAUAUUAGCGCUAAUUCCUGUAGACACCGCAAGUAAUUUUAUUUUAAAUUAUACCUGUCAUUUUCUUAUCCGCCGAUAAGGAAAGGGACGGGUAAUCUACAGGCAUAUUAUAGAAAUUUAAAAACCCAUCCAAAAUUUUAUAUUGGCCAAUAACCUGACAAAAUUAAGUUGACAGUCAAUCGGGUUGCAUUGCAUGUGAGCGAGUGCCUAUUUUAUUCGCGCGGAUUAUUCAUUCAUACACUCAUUCACUUUAAAAUUAACAGUUGUCAUGGUUGCCACAAUCGGCACCAUUUUUUUAAUUGCUUUUUAAGGUCUAUUCUCCGAAGAAGGUCUAUUUGGGAUUAAAAAUAGGAAGUCCCAUACAGGUACAAAAGUGCUAUAUAAAAUGCUAAGCUUUAAAAAAAUAUGAUCUGACUCCGAAUUGCUUGUUAAAUGUACUUAAAGUAUUUUUCUAUGAAAUAGUUUUAUUUUUAUUUCAGCUAGCUUAAUAAGUACCUAUAUAAAAUCGAAUUAUCUUGAAAAGUUUGAAUUUAGAAGGAAUGUAGAAAACGAGGGAUUUUCCAGGCUACGUUCCCCAAAAACUAAAGAUGGCGGCGAUGGCGGUAUAUAUUUGCCUUCGUUUAAUCUACCACUCAUAACUCCGGCAGUCUAUGUCCGACCGUCGCACAGAGCGGACGUGUGGAGGUGUGUUGGCGAGACAGGUACAGAAAUAACUACAAAAUACAGGAUAUUUCAGUUAGUUUAUGUUUAUUUCCGUUCAAGGUGUACCACAUAGAAAUCCGCCUUCGUAUCCGCUGUGUAGUCAUGAGAAAUGUAAUGUACUCUUUAGGACUCUGUCGCACUAACAUAUUUGACAUUUAGUGAGACUUCCAGUUGAAUUUGUCAAAAAAGUUAAUGUGACAUGGUACCAAAGUGUAUACAUAUUAAUGCUCGUGACCGUAGAUUGAUUUUUAUUAUUUAUUAUUAGUUGUUAGUCGUUGUACAGAAGGUAUCUCUAAACCAUAUAAUCUCGAAUAAAAAGACAUUAGUUUAGGCAAAAAUUUAUUGAAAAUAAAUUGUAAUAAUUAUAUCAAAUGUUGUUAAAAUGAGUUAAAAAAAUAAAAUAUAUG